CGCGUUCCCACGUCUUUCUCCCAAGUGUGUCGGUUCAUCAAUCCAAGGCCCCGGCCACACCAACCAAACCGGGCCCGUCUGCCUCUUCUUUCUCUAUCCGUUCCUACACAGUAUUUUUUUAUUUUAUUUUUUCCUGUCUUGAUCCCGUAGUUGACAGAGUAUGACAGUGUUUUCCCCUUGGAAGUGGGCAACUGAUUACCUGUCUCUCUUCCAAAGCUCCCUACAGAAACAGACUGCCCUUUCUGCUUCCUUCUUUUUUCCCUCGUCCCUUUCAGUGUAUUCCUAGUCUGCCAGUGUCCACCUUUUCCCUUUUCACACUUUAUAUCCGUAGGUACGAAAUUCUGCCACACAGUCUCUCUCUCUCCCCCCUAAGUAUCCUCGAGGAUCGCGCACUCGGUUCAUCCACACGCCCCCUGCUCUUUUCCCUGGCUCCAUCACUCUCUCUCUUCCUCUCCCAUUCCAAUUCCCACACCCCCUGACAGCCUACCCUGGGAACUUCCACCAUCCCCAGUCCAUCACUCUACGCCGUACCGGAGUCUCCUCUUCUUCGCUGCUAUCCACGAAUACGUCUUCGAGGUCCUUGCAAAUUGGGACCUGUCUCUCUCCUAAUUGCCCUAGCCUGGCCUCCCGUUCACAUCGGCGCACUAUUCGUACGCCUUUGCUUCCCCUACGCAGCACUACCUAUCCGCCAAGACCCUCUUUUCCUUCUUCCAGACCUCUUCUACCUCUUCUUCCCUCAUCUCCCACCCUCCCCCUCCUACUCCUUUCCUCCUUCUUCGUCUCUCCAGCUCACGACGAAAUCUGGAUCGCCAGUCUGUCUGUCUGCGUCUUCGUUUCCUAGCGGCAGAGAUUCCGAUCCCGCUCCCGACCACAAAUCUAACUCGUCGUUGUCGUCGUCAACGUCUUCCCGAUCACUUGCCGGUCCUAUGAUCGUGUCACUCGCUCAGCAACAACAACAGCACUGCUAGUUACUAUCUUUAGUAUCUACGUUGACGUCUUUCCUAUGCGGUUCUCGCCUUGACGCCUUUUUUCGACCGUUUUGACACCUCUUGGCCCGUGGAGCUACAUCGUCCGAACUACUGCUGCCGCCAUUACUCUCUCUCCGUCAUCCAGACUAUAGCUUGGUCAACAUCUCUUGGCUGCUCUCACCAGCGAUUGUGUAUACCUCACCUUCCCCCGCCUCUCAAGGACGACACCCACUCACAACCGUCAAGCUGGACGAAAAACAAUUAGAAGUUUUUAUUCGGACAAUGGGAGCUAAGCUGCCCAACCCGCAUCGCGUCUGCAGCAUGCGUAACCCACUUACGAGAACGCUGCUUUUUGCAGUCGUCGUCCUCAUCGUCAUGGCCCUCACCCUCAGGAACGAUGCCAUCGACGUUCGCGGCCGCAUUAUGAAGACGGGCGCCGGUGUCAAGUCAUCAAUCACGCAUCAGCAGCCCCUGGACCCCGUCAAGUCGCACGGUUCCUCGUCGCUUUCCGAAAAGAUCCCCGCCGAGCCCGCUCCCUCCUCAAGCCACGUCAUGAACUGCGAUAUCAACACCGACCACAUCAAGACCCUCAAGGACAAGUAUGGCCUUUCCGAGAAGAUUCACUACUUCAAGCGCUACGUCAGAUUCAGUCGCAAGCCCAUCCAGCGCAAGGGUUACACUGUGUUGGAUCAGGAGUUCCUCCCCAAGAAGUUCAAGACUGUCGACAUCACAAAGUCGUACGCUCCCGAGGAGUGCCACGAGCCCCUGGAUGUCCCCGUCACACAGUCUUCCUACCCUUCCACCGUCAACGCCUCCGACUUCAUGUUCGCUGUUUCUACUACCUACAAGCGUUUCAAUGACCCCAAGACAAGCCCGAUCAAGGAAUGGGCUCACUGGCUUACCGACAGCAACGGAAAGUCCAAUGGCGGCAAGCUUUUGCUGUUGCUUCUUGACGCUAGUGACGCUGAGUUGAAGGACGCCAGCGACAGGCUCAAGAGGGUUGGAAUUGACGCCGACGUCGCCCACUCCGACCCCUCCAUGGAGAUGGCUGUUCGCUACCUUACCCUGGUGCCCUAUCUGUACAACCACCCUGAGAGAAAGACCAGAAAGUGGCUCGUCACUUGCGACGAUGACACCUUCUUCCCCAGCAUGCACGGUCUGAUUGACAAGUUUGCUACCUUCGACCACCUCGACCCUCUCUACAUCGGAACCCUUUCCGAGGACGUCAACGCCAUUCACCGCCACGGCUCUCAAGCUUUCGGCGGUGCUGGUGUCUUCCUCAGCGUUCCUCUCGCGGCUGCCAUUAACCAGCUCUACGAGUCUUGCAAGACGGAGACCAAGAUCAAGGAGGCCAACUCAGGCUGGGGUCCUCAGGGCGAUAUCCUUCUCCGCAAGUGUAUCUACGAAAAUACCGAAGUUCGUUUGACCAACAUUUGGGAGCUUUGGCAAUUGGACUUGUACGGCGACCCAGCCGGCUUCUACGAGUCUGGUAUCAAGCCCUUGAGCUUGCACCACUACAAGGGCGGUGGUUGGCAUUACGCCAAGCCCCUCCAGUCUGCCAAGGUCGGACACGCUUGUGGAGAGGAUUGUGCCUAUCAGCGUUUCAUUACUGCUGACGACUUCAUCAUCGCCAACGGAUUCAGCGUUGCCCACUACCCCCAGGGUAUCGACUUCAACCUGGACCAGAUGGAACGCACCUUCACCCCUGCUCCGGAUGACAUUGGCUGGAACUUGGACUACAUGUUCGGCCCCCAGCGCAGAUCUUUGCACAAGACCGGUCGCAAGAUUGCCUGGGAAUUGCAAGAGGCCCACGUACAGGAGGAUGGAUCCGUACUUCAGGUCUACACUCGUCGGAAGGACGAUGAGCGGUGGGUUGAGGAGGAUGGCGAGCCGAUGAGCAAGAUUGACGGUGUCAUUGAGCUCGUCUGGAUCCCUUCAACAUGAAGUGCCCUCGGAACUGCCGAGCACGACGAUACGAUACGACCAGAGGCACUCUCAUUAACCUCUCGCCUCAUGACAUGAUGGGUUAGGGUGAUUCUGGCAUUGUAAAAAAGCACAAGGACGGAUCCAAAGUCCAUACAAAGCUCAUUUCACGCAUUUGUUCAACCCAGGACACCCCGGCCUGUUCGCAAUAGCUGCCCUUCAGCUGAAAUGGCACGGGCCCGUUUCGAUUCAGACGGCAGCAAAAAAGUCAACCUGGCCGACAAAGAACGACAGGUUGCAUUGCCCAGGGCACCUACCUACAUUACGACAACACCCCUGGACAGGAUCAUAAUUAUAAUCCGCUGACCGUGAUACCCUCAUUACAACACCACAACUACUCUCUUCUUCGAUUCGACUCGCAUCUCGACUUCGGCAUACAGCUCGUAUUGAGCUUCGGCGUUUGAGUAUGAUACGGGGCAUUUUUUCUACAUUGACAGCAUGCUGGCAAACGCUUACCAACUUUCCUUUCUUUUCUAUCACUGCGGCAUUGCAUUGCACAUAGAUGGAUUGCGUCGACAGAUCGCGCAAUCGGCACAUAGACCUGUGACAGGCCGGACGUUUGGAGUCAUGAUAAGGACGUUGGGUGUCCUUUUUGGAGGUCAACCACCUGGUAUGGUUUGAUUUUGGUGCAAGGAAAGGCAAACAUCGGUGCCUAUGUAGAGUUCUAGAACAGGUGUAUACCAAUGCUACGAAAUAUUCAACAGUUCC